UACCGGCAAGCUUUGUAGGCAUCAGCUGUUUGCAUCCAGAUAAGGCAGCAGCCGUGGACAUGGCGUCUAGUGAUUAUUCCCAGAGUUCAUCCCAUGGAUAUGGGGCUUAUGGUGGACAAUCGGGUGGUGGUGGUGGUGGAGGUGGUGGUGGUGGUGGUGGCGGCGGCUUCAACCAGCCCCAGGGCCAGAGCUACGGCCAGCAGCCCUACAGUGGCUACAGCCAGAGCCCUGAACAGUCCUCAGCCUCUUACAGCCAGGGCGGCUACAACUCCAGCUAUGGGCAGUCUCAGUCAGGUGGAUAUGGUUCUCCACCUCCGUCCCAGGGCUAUAAUCAGUCCAGUCAAGCGUACAGCCAGCCUCCCCAGAGUGGCUACUCCCAGCAGUCAUCCUACCCCAGCUUUGGCCAGCAGCAGUCUGCUCCUCCUCCCUCUGCCCCCAGCUAUGGCAGCAGCUCCCAGUCAUCUGGUUAUGGACCCCAGAGUGGCGGUUACGGGAGCAGCGCUGGUCAGGCUGGAGGGUACAGCAGUGGUGCCCAGGGAGGCAGCUACGGCAGCGGCGGGCCUCAGAGCGGAGGCUAUGGUGGGGCCACUGGUGGGUCUCAGAGCGGAGGCUAUGGUGGUGCCACCGGCGGGCCUCAGGCCGGAAGCUAUGGUGGGGCAAGCGGCGGCCAAGGUGGAAGUUACGGGGGCAGUGGGGGACCUCCACCGUCACAGCACGGGGGUUCUGCCUACAGCCAGCCGCCAAAUUACAACUCGCCCCCACCGCAGAGCUACGGACAGCAGAGCCAGUACGGACAGGGAGGAGGCUAUGAUGCCCCGGACUCCCCCACAGGAGACAGUGGGGCGGGAGGCUUCAGAGGCUCGGACGGCGGGUUCGGGGGCCGAGGCCGCGGGGGCGGGGGCAGCCGGGGCUUUGGAGGCCGUGGAGGAGAUGGGGGGUUUGAGCGGGGCGGCCGCGGAGGACCCAGAGGACCAGGAGUCAUAGGCACGGGCGAUCGAGGAGGAUUCAAUAAGUUUGGUGGCCCCAGACCUGGAGGACCUGGAGGGCCCAACUCAAUGCAAGAUCAGGAUAACUCUGACAACAACACCAUCUUCGUCCAGGGUCUGGGUGAUACCUACACCGUGGAGGCUGUUGCUGAAUACUUCAAGCAGAUUGGCAUCAUCAAGAUCAAUAAGAAGACGGGCUUGCCCAUGAUAAACCUCUACACGGACCGGGACAGCGGCAAGCUGAAAGGAGAAGCCACCGUCUCCUUCGACGACCCACCCUCAGCCAAGGCAGCUAUCGACUGGUUUGAUGGGAAAGAGUUCAACGGGAACCGCUUAAAGGUGUCCUUUGCCACCCGGCGGUCAGAGUUUGGGCGCGGUGGAGCAGGAGGCAUGAGAGGUGGUCGAGGAAGAGGGGGGCCCAUGGGCCGUGGAGGCUUCGGAGGCG